UUCCAUUAUCUAUUUAUAUUUUUAUUUUCCUAUUAAAGGCAAAUUUCGGGCCGUCGACUUCUGUAUAUGUUGGAGCAGCCCGGUGGUCGUAACAGAGAUGGAUCCACAGAAGUCAUUUAUUUUGGUCUGUGCCUUGCUGUUAAUAUCUGCACCAGUUGUAGGAGGAGGACCGAUAAGCUGGGCAUCUUGUAUGGCUGUAGUUGGUGUUGGAGGUUUGGUAGUAGGAGCUGCAAUCCUACCACUAUUGGGAUUCACAUCGGGUGGAAUUGCAGCCGGGUCAUGGGCAGCCUGGAUUAUGUCUUUAUACGGCGGUUCUAUACCGGCUGGAAGUUUGUUCGCCAUCUUGCAAUCGACUGGGGCCGCUGGUGUUUCAUGGGGUUCUUUUGGUGGAAUAUCCGGAUUUUGUGCAGCUUUGACUGCUCCAUUCCCAUAAACCCUACUGCAAGUGAAUACACACAUAUUUAUAUAAUGACUUAGCGAGAACUCGCAAAGUGCAGAUGUAUUUGAGAAAACACAUUUUUACCGUUUACAUUUUUAAUCUGAAACAAUAUUUACCAUUUAGUCGUUUGUUGAAAUUUAAUUUUCAUAUAAACUGUAUAUCUCUUAGUAUCAAAGUAAUACAUUUUGACAUUUACAACGUGAUAUGUAAUGGUUGUGACUAUUGAAUUAUAGACAUCAAUUAUUUUACGGUAUACUAUAAUGACUUGUGAUUCUGUUUUUGUCAUGUUACAUGUAGUCUGUGAUAAUUUUAUUUGAUUUCUUUUACACUAAGGAAGCAACUGUUUUAAUUCUGACAUUUAACUCAGUUGAUUGAUGUUACUUUGUAAUUUUUAUGAUUUAUUAUCAAAAGGCCACUACGAGUUGUUGCUAUUACUUGUAUUGCGUUGUUUGUGAUUGUUUACACUGAAACGAUUUAUCUAUAUAAAAAGUAAAAUCACAAAAAUACUGAACUCAGAGGAAAAUCAAUUUGGAAAGUCCAUAAUCACAUGGCAAAAUCAAAUAACAAAACGCAUCAAAAACGAAUGGACAAGAACUGUCAUAUUCCUGAUUUGGUACAGGCAUUUUCAAAUGUAGAAAAUGGUGGAUUAAACCUGGUUCUAUAGCGCUAACCCUCUCACUUUAAUAAACCAGACAUUACCACAUCCAUUCUUAUAUUUUAGUUUUAAAAAUGCUUUCUGAACCUGCUGACAGUUAUACACAUAUUUUUCAACAAGGUUUCAUACAAAAGUUUACAUGGUUGAAAUUUGUUUCAUACAAUAGUUUUCUAAUACACAUAGGUUCCAUUCAUUUAGUGUUCAGCUCAGUCAGUACAUACAUGUAUAUACAUUUAGUUUUCAGCCUAUAUUUCCCAGCAUUUGGUUUUGACAAGUAUCAGAUUCGAAAUAGUUCUUACUAGUAGUAUAUUUGUGCUGACCUACGCAAAACUGGUCUUGGUUUAUAGAAUACAUCAAAUGAAAUCAUUAUAGAGGCUUGUAUGUUUUGUUAUAGUUUACUGUACAAAUAGAUGCUCGUAAUCCUCAUAUAGCUACAUUUAUUUUGUUCAAAUAAUUGAAUAUGACCGGCUUAUUAGUCUAGCGAGGCAUGAAUGCAAUCCUGGGUUUGAAAGAAAUAUGACACCAAAAGAAAUCACUUUUGUCUUUUUUCUGCAGAUGUCAAUUACUUCUGGUCCUGAUGCGGUCUUUUUAUAUGCAAACCCGUAUGUAAUGAUU